AUGUUAGCUUCUUGCUCUUCAGAAUGCAAAGACUUGAGCGGAGAGAGUUUCUGUGUACACUACAAGAAACUCUGCACAACAAAUGUGAAUGUCAAACAAGCCUGCAGAAAGACCUGCGGACUCUGUAAGUGUUACUUUCAAUUAGUUUCAACCCAAUUUUUUGGACUUGAGAGGUGGAAAGAAAUUUUAGGACGACCUUUCAAAGGCAAGCCAGCCUGUGCGUAUUACACAACGAUUUUCUUAUAGCUUUUCCCCCUAGGUGCGACCCCAAUGGAUUGUGAUGUCGCCAUAGUCGGUGGAGGUCUGGCGGGACUUUACAUGGCGGAAUCACUGCUGAGACACAAGAAGGAAACAAAAGUGUGUGUUUUUGAGAGAGAUGUUCGUCUUGGUGGAAGAAUCUUCGAUUAUGUAUUUCCUCAAGUGCCAGAUGAAGUAGUAGGUAAGUGUGAUGAUAAAGUGAGCCAAUGCACUCGACUCGGGAGAACUGGGGUCGAAUACAUCAAGUCGAGGCUUGUUUGACAUAUCUGAGCGGACUCGCUUUCAAAAUGAGACUAAGUGCAAAACCAGUUUUCUGGUGAAAAAGAGUCUCCUUCUUAUUUAGCUUUGCUCAUGGCUUCGCUUGAAGGUUUCACGCGUUACCAUUUUUCUUUUCUUCCGAUGAGUUUCUCACAGAAAUACUGUCAGUAAAGCGUAUAAUUCUUGUACUUGACCAAAUUUUCCGCCGGAGCUUGUGUUCUCAUCCAAAAAUAUCGUCCAAUGAGAAGUGAGCCGAAUUCGGUGAAUGUGCUCUUACAUUAAUAAGGCGCCAUUGUCAAUUAAAAAUUAAUCUGUAUUGUUCAGUCUAUGAAAGGUUUAGAGCGGACUUGUCCUUCAACUGAUUAGCUAGUGUAGGUUGAUAUGGAGGUAAAUACGAUUCAGAGACUAAGCACAACCUUGUUCAAUAUAUGGAGUUGUGUGCACAUUUGACUGCAAACUUUUCAGCUGAUAAAUCAAACCAAAAAGCCUCUCUUUCCUGUGUCAAAAAAUAGGUAGAAGAUGCCAGGGGAAAAGAAAUCUUGCAUCGCAAUUGAAAGUAUAUCGUAGAACGUUGAUUUUAUUCAUUAUGUCAAGCAUAGGACGAAAAAAACAUAGUCCCCUUAGAGGAAUCGAUUACCGAAUUUGCUUCCCGUAGAUCCAGCACGUUAUCGGUUGAAGUCGUGAAGGCGCGUGUGCUGUUUUGAGAAUAGUUACAUUACAUAUAUGCUAUGAUGCUUCAACAUUUUGGCUUUAUCUUCAGGUCUCGGAGCAUGGAGAAUCGAUAUGGCUCACUACAACAUGAGGUAGGCGUGAAUUAGUUUCAGGAGUAUCUUUUCUUGUUUUGGUACAAGUUGCUGGCGGCGCAAUAAAACGAUUCACCCUAUAAAUUACGGUGUUAUACAAGGAUUUUCCGAGGCGCUUUAUACGGAUUUUUUUCGCGGAUUGCGGAUCCUGCUUUUUUCAUUCAAUAUAAAGUCGACUUUUCAUUUUUUGGACUAUUAAGGGGCUAUUGUGUCUAUACAAUAUACAAAACAAUGCAUGGUCACUUGAAGAUAUGAAAUUUAUCUUUUCAUGUUCAACUCGAUAUCUUACCCUUUCGCUCCGCUCACCCGUGAACUAUCGAGUUGAACACUCGAAGAGAAAUUCCAUAUCUACGCGCGCCCAUGUAUUGUUCUUUCUAUAAAGGUUAGACUCCGGUUCAGACCCCUCGCCGGGUCAAUGUGUUGUAUUCUUGGGUAAAGUACUUUACCCUAACUGUGCCUCUUUUUACCCAAGAGUAUGAACGGGUAAUGGCGAUAUGUCGGGCCAGGAGGCCUGAUGGAAUGUCGGGGGAGAGGGGGGAGUACUUAUACUGCUCCAGGGGGGAGUAUUUAUACUGCUAGUCGCCUCAUUCUAUUGUUAUGAGCAAUUGUUGUAAAUAUAAGUUUUUAGAAAUCUCCAGACUGCUGAGUCAUGCUGACUUGCAUACCAAAGCACUUUCCAAAACAUUUCAUCAAGUCACGCAAUUGUUAAGUAAUACUACUAAAAUAGUUUUUAUGUGAACCUCUAGAAUGCUCCAGAACACUUUGUAAAUAUAUAUAAAGACUCACUUACGUAAAAGUAGUAGGAGUUGUUGUUGUCGGAGCGACGACUGUUUUGAAAGCUAUACCGAGAGAGAGUUACUGCGGAAGAUUGCUCAUUCCAAGGCCGGUAACUUUGGAGACACCAGUGAGAUUGUGCCAGUGGUGAACUGGGAUAUAGACUGUGGUGGGCUUAAUGAAGGUUAUGAACGAUAAGUAUUGUGCUGCUUUUGGGAAUUGCUCCUUGUUAAGAAAAUUAUUUUCUGUUUGAUAAAGUAGUUGAGUUUUUGGAAUUGUAGUAUUUCCCGUGGGUUAGAUUAUGCCAUAACACUAUGGAAACUGGAAUAAGCUCCGGCUGGUUGACUACUUAGCUCGCGGACAGUCUUAAAUUUUUUUUCUCUUUCUUGGGUUCAACUUGCUAGUAGUGCAAUUGAGACGAUUUGAAUUUCAAUUGUGCACAAAAUUUUUUGUUUCAUAGGAAUAUCCUCAGCAGACUAAACAUUCCUCACAAAGACUGGAACUUUUACUCAAAUCCUCGAACAGAAACUAGAGGUUUCUUCGCACGGGACGAGCAUGAAAUCAAAAGAAAAUCAUUCCCGUCUCUGACUCAAGGAAAAUUCAAAGACAUGACUUGUUCGCAAAUGUUGGACUAUCUACUCAGAAAAGAACAUGUCGAUAAAAUCCACAAUUUCGCAACGUUCGAAACAUUCCAGAAGCACUAUUUAACACCUGAAGGUUCCAGGUUUUAUUUCGACGUUUUUGGGUAUGAUGGAGACCUUAACGGUAGUCCAGAAGGCGUGGUAGAAUUCUACGAACAACUAGCUGCACUUACAGGAAAAGAGAUUCGUCCUUUAAGAGGGAUGUCGGCAUUCAUCGAGGCUUUGGCCAAAUCGGCAAGAGGUCUGGGCACAAAAAUUUUCACGGGUGAUAACCACAAGAUUCUAUCAAUAGGCAAACAAACAAACCAGUUCGUCCUUAAAACUUCACAAUACGAAGUAAGCGUCGGGAAAUUAGUUGUGGCUGCUCCUCCGGGUGCGUUUGGAAGUGUCAGCGGCAGCGUAGCGGAACAGAUUCAGCGCGCACCAGAAUUUCAGUCCAUCCUACCCCGCCCAGCAUUUAAGGGGGCUGCAGUGUACCCCACAGCGUGGUGGGAAGAAAUCACGAAUGUGAAGGACAAGUUGUAUCCUAUGGAGAGAUUUUUAUCCAACAGUGAUUGUCUUGGAUGGACGUUACCACAUAGGUGGGGCUUGUUGACAAGAUAUACCUGUAUAUUCUCAUCAAUAUAUAUCAAAGCACCGUAUCGGCUUAGAAUAAUUUCGUUUCUAAAGCGAUACAACAUUAUCACUUUUUUCCUCUUUUCCAAAGGUCUGGGGUUCGAUUCCUCAUGGGUUCCAGCCUUGUGACAAGGCGAAAAAGCUAUCUUUUUUCUAUUAAUUUUAAUACCGAGUUUAAAAAUUCCUAUCUUUUCAAUAAUUGUCUCGUUUAUUACCAGCGGGAGCGGUCGAAAUGGCGAGGCAGUUCUUCACGUAGCUUACAAGGACGGUGUUUGUGGCGAAAAAUGGGGCGAGAUCCUCAAAUUACCAAAAGACGUCAUGGACCGAGAAAUUCACCGCGCCUUGGAAUACAAGUUUAACAGAAAAAUCCCCAAACCUCUGAGCACAGUGUAUCAGUAUUGGAACGAAGGUGCAUGGUAAGAGAAUUUUCUCUGAAGGCCAGCUAUUGUAAUCAUUACUGAAAAGCGUAGUACUUUAAAUUAACAAUUACUUAGCAAUCCUGUCGUGCAUUUGAAAAGUGUGUGAGGAAAGUGAUACGGGAUUUUCUUUGCCUUUUGAAAUGUAAACAAUUAUGAACCGAUGACCUGGGGAAUCGCCAACAUUUCUACCGAGGACCGAAUUGGCCCCAAGAGUUUUUCUUCGUUUGAAGUCUUCUAUCUUCUCCCUCAUGUCAUUUCGUCAGACUACCUAUCUUUUCUUUUGAUUGAGUGUCGUGAAAACAGACAAAAGUUAUUUCAAUGACCAAUCAGAGCCAAGGAAAAGAAUGAAACGAGCCGAUGAAACUCAAUGUUGUAAUGAGUGAAUUUCCUGAGGCAGGAAAAGGUUAUUAAUCAGGUCGCCAUUGGUUGUGAAUGUGUGACGUAAGUUUUUUUCCGACCAAUCAUAAGGUGAAGUCAACCAAAACUAAUGUAAAUGUGGAUUAUUCUUGACACUCAUAAAAGAACUCUGAAAUCUUACACUGGGUUAAAAAGGAAAAUUUCUACUUCGACUCCAGUUCUGUCAUAAAAACAAGUCUCCCAGACCAUCCCGAAUACGCUUUCUUUCUUUCAAGGUACUUACAGAAACCUGGAAGCCACGUUUCCAUGAAGCAAGUCACCCAAUGGGCAAAGAGACCUAUUGCAGGAGAGGAGAUCUACGUUAUUGGUAGCGCGUAUCAUCCCUAUCGGGGGUACUCUGAGGGUGCUAUCAUGUCGGCCAACAAUGCCCUGAACGAUGGUUGGAAAAUACCUAUACCCAGUCCUCCGCAACAGCAGUACGCGCCAAAAGGUUUCGCGGAUGUAAAUUGGAAGAAUAUAAGAUAAAAUACGUGUUUAGCAAAGAAGCUAUUCCUUAGACUUGUG